AUUUUCAUUGUCCGUGCGUGAAAAACUGACGCGACAAAAAUCUUGUAAUAAGUAAUAAUCAAGCCAGUGAUCUAACAAUCAUAUUUCUCAUUUAAAUGUUACACAAUGUGUGAAUGAAAUACGCAGUUGACAAAGUUUAGCUAUUUUCGUAGUGAUAAGUGCAUUCUAAUAAGUCAAGAUGUCAGCUCACACGGGCCCUGUGGAGUCGUUUGAUGAAUUUUAUUGCGAGGUGAAGGAGAUAGAAAAGCGAGACUCGGUGUUGACACCAAAACAACAGAUCGACAGGCUACUUCGCCCUGGCUCCACAUAUUUCAAUCUGAACCCUUUUGAAGUGUUGCAGCUCGAACCCGACACAUCGCUCGAUGAGAUCAAGAAGAAGUACCGCAGGCUGUCCAUCCUCGUCCAUCCGGACAAAAACAUGGAUGAUUCGGAACGGGCACAACAGGCAUUUGAGAUAGUAAACAGAGCGUGGAAAACCCUAGAGAACGAUGACACCAGGAAGAAGUGUUUGGACAUCUAUCAGGAGGCUAAGGAACGCACUGAACAUAUGAUAGAGCAGAAAAAGAAAAAACAGCGAAAGGAGUCUCGGCAAGCCGAGGGCAUACCCGAAGAUGAUCCUGUCAAGUUCAAACAUGCUGUUUAUGUUAUGACUAUGAAGUUGUUUGCGGACAUGGAGCGCAAGCGGCAGCACCUAGAGACCCGCGACCAGGAGGAGCGGAAACGGAAGCGGGAAGCGGAAAUAGAACAGGAGGAACAACUCACCAUGGAAAAGGAGUGGGCUAAGAAUUUUGAGGAAUCUCGACAAAACCGCGUGGACAGCUGGAAGACCUUCCAGUCCGGCAGCGGCGGCGAAAAAAAAAAAAAAAAGAAAAACAUGAUGACCUUCAAGCCGCCCAAGCCCAAGCCGGAGAGCAGAUAACUUCCAGCCCUAUAAUACGUAA